GUCACCUGACGUGGCACUCCUCAUAUCCUGUAAAACGAUCCGCCUCGAUUUCCCGAAGAAGAGCUAGACAGACUGAAACUCCGAACCAAAAGACUGUUGCUUUUAGUAAACGGAAAUUCAAACUCUGCUCCGAUGAACGGGAACGAAGGUGCGAAGAUGGAGAGCCGCAGAGAAGCUGCGGUGUACAUGUCGGGAUAUCUACCCGGAGUAUCGCCGGAAAAGUCUCCGAUGCUGUCUCUGGAGCCGGUGAAGUUUCCGGAUCCGAUGGACGGCGGAGAUUCCUGGAAGGAGGUCUGCGGUGGCGGUUGCGGUUUCGCUAUGGCGAUAUCAGAGAGUGGGAGACUGAUGACGUGGGGCUCGGCGGACGAAGAAGGGCAGAGCUACUUGGUUGCAGGGAAGCAUGGGGAGACUCCAGGGAGUUUUCCUCUCCCAAAUGAAGCCUCAGUGGUCAAGGCUGCUGCUGGUUGGGCCCAUUGUGUUUCCGUCACAGAGAGUGGUGAAGUUUAUACAUGGGGCUGGAAAGAGUGUGUUCCAUCAGGGAAGGUGUUCCAUGAUUUGAGCUUGAUGGGAAGUAUCGAGAAGGAUGCUAUGACUACUGGGAAACUAAGUUACUUGCCAGCUGAACAAGGAAGACCAUUGCCCCGAGGCUUUAAUUUUAGCAGUGAGACAGUAUCUCAUCUUGAUGGAAAAAGGGCUGGAGAGGAAGUUUCAAAGCGGAGGAAAACUUCAUCAGCUAAAUUAGAACCUGAAAGUUCAUCAGCUGCUGAUGAACUCUUCAUGGCAUCGCCUUGUCUUGUUACAAUGGGUCCUGGAGUGAGGAUCACUACGGUUGCUGCCGGUGGGCGGCACACUUUAGCAUUAUCAGUUUCAGAUAUGGGACAGGUUUGGGGUUGGGGCUAUGGAGGCGAAGGACAGCUGGGUUUGGGUUCCCGGAUGAAGAUGGUCUCUGCUCCUCAUCUCAUACCAUGCAUCGAUCAAUCUGCUUCUGGGAAGGAUAGGUUAUUUGCAGUAUCUCAAGGUGGUUCAAAAUCUCCUGGAAGUUUUGUAAAGGAAAUUGCUUGUGGAGGUCGACAUAGUGCAGUAAUAACAGACACUGGAGCACUACUUACUUUUGGCUGGGGCCUGUAUGGACAGUGUGGGCAAGGGAACACAAAAGAUCAGCUAAAGGCUACUCCUGUGGAGUCAUUAGUGGAUACUAGAGUGAAAAGUAUAACUGCUGGACUAUGGCAUACUGUUUGCAUAUCUGUUGAUGGCCACAUAUAUGCUUUUGGAGGGAAUCAGUUUGGACAAUUGGGAACAGGUUGUGAGGAGGCUGAGACUCUGCCUAGGCUUCUUAACUCUUCAAGUCUGGAAAACAAGCACGCCAAAGCAGCUUCCUGUGGAGCACGCCAUAGUACUAUACUAACGGAAGAUGGUCACUUGUUUAGCUGGGGAUGGAACAAGUAUGGGCAGCUUGGUCUGGGCGAUUCUGUGGAUAGGAACCUUCCUUGUAAAGUUUCUCUAGAUGGCUGCCUGCCUAAGCAUAUUGCAUGUGGCUGGUGGCACACGCUAAUGCUGGCGGACAUACCCAAUUGAAUUGGUGUGCAUUGACAGCAGAGGCAAGAGGAUGAUAGUUAGGAGUGACCGACUAGAGUCGGCUGUUCUUAGAUGCACGUUUGGUCUUGUAUGUGUGGAAUGCAAGAUUCUAUAUAUUUCAAUACGUGCGUGCAUGGAGGAGCAUAUUGGCUUUGUAUUCCAAUCUUGGUCGUUAUUAGAAGCUAGUAGUCUUUAGACGGCAAAUAACAGAUGGAUUUCUCCGAGUUUGUACACAAAUUAUAAGUACUUGUAGUGAUUCAUUUACAUUGCACUAGAUAUUUCCACGGUCUUAA